CGGAGAGGUCGAAAGUUCGCAAUAUUCGAGUCCUAUAUAAACUUUACUAACCCAUCCAAAAUGCUUAUUAAACUGAUUUUGGCGUUGGUAAUUGGCUAUGGAGGUAUUUUUGCGCCCGGCAGUGCACAAAAUCUGUUGGACCGACUGCGUCCGGUGAAUAUGACCCGUUUCGAUGAUGGAAUCAAAGUGGUUUCCGGCACUAAGGUGAAGCGCUACGAACGGCUAACGAUUCCGCUUGGCGGUCCAGUAGGAAUUCCAGGAGGAGCUGGACUCCUUGGACCUUUGCUACCUCCGCAACCUUCGUAUUUGGGGUAUACCUAUUUGGUGCCUCAAUGGCAAGCGGGUGCUAAACUGAUAGGAGAUGGAGAAUCAACGGGCGUGGCUGGUAUGGUAUCCUUUUUACAGCUUCCCUACAAUUCGGACAUCAAGGUGACGAUCAAUGUAACUGGAUUACCACCUGGCAAACAUGCUCUACAUAUCCACACCUUUGGAGAUCUCAGUGAAGGCUGCAAGUCCACUGGCGGACAGUUUCCUAAUAAUUUCCUUGGCAAUAUUGACACGAAGGAUGAUGGAAGCAUCUCAGCGGUUUUCCAAAGCAUUUACUUGCAAUUGUUUGGUAUUAAUGGAAUUGUCGGACGUUCUAUUGUCAUUCACAGCAAGGCGAUUGAUCUGAAUACGGCUCUGAAUGCGGAGGUCUUUUCGUCCUCCCUUCAAGCAAUGCCAAAUCCUAUGGCCUAUCAGAAUGAAGAGAAUUCAUUGGGACCGGCUAUUGCCUGUGGAGUUAUAAGUCUUAUGAGCACAGCAGCCAGUUCGUCAGGUAUGGCAACUGCUGCUCCAGCAGCACCUGCAAUGGAAAAUGCGGAGAUUUAACUUGUAUUCUAACAAUAAUAUUAAUAAAAAC